AUGGCUUUAAAAAGCAUAAAUAUAAAUGGUAAUUUUGAUUGGUGUCCUUUUGAAGAAUAUAAAAAUUAUUUGAUAUGUUUUAAUUCUCAUAAUUUGUUAUAUUCUAAUAAUAAUAAUAUAAAUAAUUAUAUAUAUUUAUUAGAUAUUAAUUUAAACAAUGACUCUAGAAAUAUAGAAAUAGUAAACAAAUUAAAUUUUGAGGAUGCAUUAAAAAAUGAAAGUGAUGGAAGUAGUAAUAUUAGUGAAUAUGUUACUUGUUUUGAAUGGAUAAAUAGUAAUAAUUUUGUAGAAACUGAAAAUGAAGAUGAAUUAAAUAAAGGAAUCAUAGUAGGUGGAUUAACAAAUGGAGACAUUGUUUUAUUAAAUCCACAAAAUUUAUUUGAAAAAAAUUUAGAUUAUGAAAAUUUUAUCAUAAAUAAAGUAAAUGUUCAUGAUAAUUCUAUUAACUGUUUAGAAUUUAAUAGACAUAAAAAUCAUCUUAUUGCUACAGGUGGAAAUGAUGGACAAUUAUUUAUAACCGACAUUGAAAAUAUAUAUUCACCUACUUCAUAUGAUCCUUAUUUAGAUAAAAAUAAUUUACAGAAAAUCAAUUGUUUAAAUUGGAAUAGAAAAGUUUCUCAUAUUUUAGCUACUUCAUCUAAUAAUGGUAACACAGUUAUAUGGGACUUAAAAAUAAAAAAAUCAGCAGUGAGUUUUCGAGAUCCUCAUAGUAGAACUAAAACUUCUUCUUUAUGCUGGUUAGCUAAUCAACCAACUCAAAUUUUAGUUUCGUAUGAUGAUGAUAGAAACCCUUGUUUACAACUAUGGGAUUUACGUAAUUCAAAUUAUCCUAUUAAAGAAAUAAUUGGACAUUCUAAAGGAAUUAAUAAUAUUUGUUUUAGUAAUAUAGAUACUAAUUUAUUAUUAUCAUCAGGUAAGGAUAUUACAAAAUGUUGGUAUUUAAAUAAUAAUAAUUUUGAUAUUUUCAAUGAAAUUAACAAUUCUGCUAAUAAUAUAUAUUCUAAAUGGUCUCCAUUUAUUCCUGAUAUUUUUGCUUCUUCUACUAAUAUGGAUACAAUACAGAUAAACUCGAUAAACAACGGAAAUAAAAUGACAACUAAAUAUAUUCCUAAUUUUUAUAUAAAAGAUUCUGGUAUAUGUUUUGGCUUUGGAGGAAAAAUAUGUUGUUUUAAUAAUAGCUCCAUUUCAUCUUCUUCUACUUCUCUUCAUACUUCUGCAAUUCAGAAUGUACACAAAAAUAUUAAUAAUAAUGAAGAUAAUGAAAUAAACAAAAUGAAAAAUAAAAAAUUAGAAAAUAAGUUUUUAAUUAAGUGUCAUAUCUAUCCAACAGAAAUGGAGCUUAUAUCAGAAGCAGACAAUUUUGAGAAAUAUAUCACAAAUGGAAAUUACAAAGAAUUUUGUGAAAGUAAAAUAAUGAAAAGUGAUGAUGAUCAUGAAAAAUUAACCUGGAAGAUUUUGCAAUUGUUAUAUACUUCUCAAAAAUCAGAAAUAGUUAAAGAAUUAGGAUAUGAUAUCAGUAAUAUAAUUCAAAAAAUUAUGUACAAUAUAGGAAAACAACCAGGUUUUAUUUUUAAAAAUAUUUUAGAUAAAGAUAUUUCUAUCAAUGAUAUAUCUAAUAAUUUGGAUGAAAAUAAUGAUAGAGAUUACAAUAACAUCACAUGUACAUCUAAUUUAAUGAACGAUAAUAAUCUUUCUUCUUCUAAUAUGGGAGAUAAUAUUCAAAAAAUGAAUGGGUCAUUUGAUGUGGAUCCAGAAAAAUUUUUUAGAGAAUUAGGAGAAAAAACGGAACAUGAAAAAUCAAAAGAAAAGUUAAGUAUUCAAAAUAAUUCAGAAAAUGAAGAUGAUUAUAACAGCAAUUCAAGAGAUGAUAAUUUAGAUAAUAAAAAAACAUAUAGUGAUUGGAACACUGGAAUUGAAUCUAUUAUAAAAGAAUGUGUAUUAGUAGGAAAUAUUGAAACAGCUGUAGAACUAUGUUUACACAAAGAUAGGAUGGCAGAUGCUUUGUUAUUAGCAUCCUUUGGUGGAGAACAGUUAUGGCAUAAAACGAAAACUAUUUAUAUUAAUAAACAAAAUGAUAAUUUUCUAAGAAAUAUUAAUUAUAUUUUAGAUAAUAAAUUAGAUCUUUUAGUUAAUAAUAUUGAUUUAUCUUCUUGGGGAGAAGCUUUAUCCAUCUUAUGCACAUAUGCCAUAAAUAACCCCAACUUUAACAACUUAUGUGAAACAUUGGCUAAAAGAUUGCAAAAUGAAAAAUUUGAUAUUAGAGCUGCAUCUAUUUGUUAUUUAUGUGCAUGUAAUUUUUCAGAAACUGUAGAAAUAUGGAAUAAUAUGCCUUCAAAAAAAGCUUCAUUAUUAAAUGUAUUACAAGAUUUAGUAGAAAAAAUGACUGUGUUAAAAAUGGUAAUAAAAUAUGAUCAAUUUAAUCCUAUAAUGAAUCAAAAGAUUAACCAGUAUGCUGAAUUAUUAGCUAAUUCAGGAAGACUAAAAGCAGCAAUGACUUUUUUAUGUUUAAUUCAAGAUGAUCAAAGUUUAGAAAGUCUAAUAUUAAGAGAUAGAAUAUUUAAUAGUGCCAAUCAUAUAUUAGGUCAGCAAAUUGAGCCACCUAUUUUGCCAUUUCAAGUAGUAGAUAUCAAACCAUCUCCUACAAUUCAUCAAAAUCUUUUAUAUAAUCAAGGUCAGCAACUUAAUCAAAAUCAACAAUUUAAUCAAAGUUUUCAAUAUAAUCAAUCACAGCAAUAUAAACAAAAUUUAUCAAAUAAUCCUAAUCAACCAAAAUUGUAUAAUCAGCAAAAUUUACAAAGAUUACCACCACCAAUUUCAGUAUCACAAAUAUCUUCAACCCAUAUAAAUCAAAACCAAUUAGUAUCCAAUAACUAUAAUUCACAAGUCAUAAAUAAUACAGUUAAUAGAUCUUCAUUUUUAAAUACAACAAAUCAACAAUUUUCAUCAAAUGUAAAUACUAUACAAUCUCCUACGAAUAUUCCUUCCUAUAUGCCUCCAAAUAUCCCAUCUAAUACAUCUCCAGUUAAUACUCCCCCAUUUUCACCACCAUCUAAAUUCUCAAAUUUUAAUACAACUCAGAAAAUACAAGAUCAAGAAAAACAACAAUCAUCUAUGUUCAAUCAAUCUUAUACAAAUAUAAACAAAUCGUUACAAAAUAAUAUGCCUUCUUCUAACGUUGCUCCUUCUGUAGCACCUGUAGUUCCACCAUCCAACACAUUAAACCAAAUAAAUAAUCGACCUAGUUUUUCACGUUUUCAAAAUAUAACUGCACCACCAAGAAAUAAUAAUCCCCCCACUUCAUCUUCUGCAAAUUUAGUACAACCAAAUAUAAAUCAGCCACAAGAAAAUCAAUAUAGUAAAAGAGAAUGUUUUGAUCAGCAAAUAUUCGAUCCAAAUAACAUAUCGUCUAUUCCUCCUAAUAAUAAUAUGCAAACUAAAGUUUUUCAAAAUUCCUUUCAAGAUAAUACAAAUAAAGUAAAUUUUCAAUUGAAUUCAAAUACUUCAUCUUUAUCUGGGAUUAAUAUAACCUCUCCAAUAGCAGGUGCUUUAACAGUAACCCCAGGGAUGCCUAUUCCAUGGCCAAUACCUACAACAACUCAACAACUUGGAUCAACGACCCAAUCAACUGCAAACGAAAAUAAAAAAAUUCAAACAGCAACUAAAGAGCAAAAUGGAGUAUUAAUGAAUAAAAAUAAUAUUGAUUCUAUUAAAAAAUCUAUUAAUAAUUUGUUAAAUAUAUAUAUAUCUCAAGAACCUGUAAAAAAGAAGGCAGAAGAUGUUUCAGCAAAAGUGUUUGAUCUUUUUGAAAAAUUGGAUAAUGGUUCAUUUAAUGAACAGAUAAAUGAUAAUAUAAUAAAUUUAUGUAAUUUCAUAAAUGCAAAUGAUUUUAAGACAACUAAUAAAAUAAUAGUAGAUCUUAGUAGAAAUCUAUGGGAUAGUAGUAAUAAAUCAUGGAUUAUGGGAUUAAAACGUAUUAUACCAAAAUGUUGA